UCUCCAUUGUCCGUCAUUGUUGCAGAUGGCCUUGGGGGAAUCGGCAUGGGACUGGGGCCGGGUGGAAUACCGAUCGAUGCCAAUCACCUGAACAAAGGCCUGGCCAUGGGCAACCUCGGCCCUGGAGGGAUGGGGAUCGAAGGCUUGGGCUUCGGAAUGAAUAAAAUGGGAGGGAUGGAGGGUCCCUUCAGUGGAAUGGAGAGCCUGGGCCGUUUUCCUUCCGGAAUGAACCUUGGCCGGAUGAGUGAAAUGGACCGUGCCAUCGGAGGGGGAUUCGAAAGAGACUUCCCGAGAAAUGAAAUGGGGAUGCCCCGUAGUUUUGGAGACACCCUGGAGAGAGGCAUAGGGGGUGGCGGUGGUGGCGCCACGAUCCCGGCCAUUGACCGCAUGGCCCCAGGACUGGACCGCAUGGCCAGCAGCAUUGACAGGCUCCCCAGCGGCCUGGGCCACGGGAUCGAGCGCGUGGGCUCCGAGAUGGACCGCAUGGGGCUAGUGCUGGACCGCAUGGGCUCCGGAGUAGAUAGGAUGGGCUCGGGCAUCGACCGCAUGGCCCCCCUGGGCUUAGACCACCUGGCCUCCAGCAUCGACCGCAUGGGCCCCGGGAUGGACCGGAUGGGGGCCGGCUUGGGCUUCGGCCUGGACCGCAUGGGCUCCACCCUCGACCGCGUGGGCAGCGCCAUGGACAGGAUGGGCAGCGGGGUCGACCGCAUGGGCCUGGGCUUGGACCGCAUGGUCCCGGCGGGGAUGGGCCCCGUGAUGGAUAGGAUGCCGGCCGGGCUGGACCGCCUCGGAGCGGCCCCCAUGGACCGCAUGGGGCUGGACCGGCUGGCGGCCCCCCUGGACCGCAUGGGGCUGGACCGCAUGGGGGCAGCUGCCAACAGCAUGGACCGCAUGGGGCCGGCCUUGAGCCAGGGCAUGGGGGCGGGCCUAGACAGGAUAGGGCUGCCCUUGGGGAGCUCCUUCGAGAGGACCAUGGAGAUGGAGCGCGGGAACUUCGCGGCCGGAAACUUCACCAGCGCCCUGGGAGCUGGAGGGCCCGUGGCUGCCGCCGGCGGAGUGGCCAGGAAGGCUUGCCAGAUUUUUGUGAGAAACCUCCCUUUUGACUUCACGUGGAAAAUGCUGAAGGACAAGUUCAAUGAAUGCGGGCACGUGCUGUACGCCGACAUCAAAAUGGAGAACGGGAAGUCCAAAGGCUGCGGAGUGGUCCGGUUCGAGUCUCCCGAGGUGGCCGAGCGAGCCUGCCGGAUGAUGAACGGCAUUCAGCUCCGUGGCCGAGAAAUCGAUGUCCGGAUUGACCGGAAUGCUUAAAGAGCCCACCCUUCCUUUUUUUUUUUUUUAAA